AUGGAUACUGCCAGGGCUUUUGGAGAUAACUUGCACGAUGGAUCGUCUGCUGGCCUUCCGAGUGAACAGGACCUGGUGAACAUCGGAUCGAGGAAGAACUUUGGAAUUAUUGGUUCGUUGCAAACAAAUGAACGCGUUACUGAGAAAAUCUACUGGUUGAGAAAUGAUCAGGAACCACCAAUAGCAGAGGAUUUCAGGGGUUGGAUGCUCAGGGCUCCCUGGAAAAAGACCUUUGAUGAUGAAACUUUAUUUUGCGAGCCCCAGAUCCUUCACCAGGUCAUAAGCUCGAAGAGCAUUUUCGAUGGUUUAGAAAAACGUGAAAUACAAAGGGCGAGGAUUCAUUCGAAUCCCUUUGAAACAAUCAGAGUUGUAUUUUUUCUUAAUCGAGAUGCUGUAAAAAUGGCUAAUAUUGACAGAGCCUGCAAUUUCAUGUUCACUAAUCCAACAACUGCAAAUCCAAAUGAGAUCCUCUACUUCGCCAACGUAUGCGCCGGUCCUGGAGGAUUCAAAACUUUUCAUCCUUUUUAUGGACCGAAGGGUGAUGGUAAUAUUUAUGAUCUGGAGAAUCAACUCGCCUAUCAACAACUUAUCAUGAAUCAUACCCAAGGACAGGGUGUUCACUUCAUGAUGGCUGAUGGAGGAUUUUCGGUUGUGGGAAUAGAAAGUAUUCAGGAGAUUUUGUCGAAACAGUUAUACUUGUGCCAAUGCCUGGUGGCCCUUAAGAUUGUGCGGACAGGUGGACACUUUGUUACUAAGUUGUUCGAUCUGUUCACACCAUUCAGCGGGGGAUUGAUUUACUUGCUAUACAGAUGCUUCGAAAAAAUAUCAAUUUUCAAGCCGAAUACAUCUAGACCUGGCAACUCUGAAAGGUACUUGAUUUGCGAGAAGAAGAAGAGUGAAAUUGAGGCUGUGAUCAACUAUCUUUCAUAUGCUAGGGAAGUUCUUCUGAGGGCUGACGGGAACGGCGAUAUCAGGGAAUUGGUACCUGUGGAGUUGCUCCAAGAUGCCGAUAGCUUCUACAACUAUAUUUGUAGUUCCAACAACGAUCUGGGAAGGAAACAAGUGAUGGGACUCUUGAAGAUCGCUGCCUUUGCCGAGAAUCGGAACCUCUCUGAGCCGAAGCAGACGCAGAUGAGGAAGGAGUGUCUUGAAUAUUGGCAUCUACCGGACCAGACUAGAAUAGUCCCCAAGCUCUUGAAACCAGAGGAGAGACUUCGUUCAAUCGUCGUCGAAUCGUUUAAUGUAACAACGAAUAUCCUGGAAAUUCCCUGUGAUUGGUAUGCAGUACUCUGUGGAUCGGAUGCCGGUGGAAGAACACCUAGCAAACAAUUGACUUUCUACUUGGGUAUGGGAAGAACCAAUGUCUUUAGGUUGGUGAAGAAUAGCUGGGAGAGGGCCGACAAUAUUGAACUGCCUCCUAAUACAUUUGUUUAUGCUGAACUGGUGGAGGGGUUGAGAGGACUGGAAAAUAAUAUCCGGAGAACUGAAGCAUUGCAUAUUGUCGUUGCGUAA